GGGACAACACACCAACAGUUGAGAACAUUUAUACUAGUUUUACCAAUAAUAUUUUAUUUUAGAAUCUGUAUCAUAACAAAACAGAUAUUAGACAGCAUUAGAGACUAGUAUUUAAAGAAAAUGUAUUAGUUUUGUUACCUGAUGCUUUGAAUCAGUUUGGGGAUGGUCAAUGUGGUGGGAGUUGGUGUGGGAGGCAGUGGGCAGCAGCAAGAGAAGUGCAGUAUUUUGUCACUGUCUGACUUCAUCCUGUCUUCACCAUCACUCUCAUUGCCACCUGCACCUCCUGACAUAAGUGAGCACAUUCAUCUAGACAUGGAGAUCCACAAGCCUGACCUGGAUGGACAGUUGGACACUACCUAUGCUCGUGCUACUCUUCAAUGUCGAGCUAAUUCUCAUCCAUUCAAUGAACGCUCUCUGAUCCUGAGUUCACCUGUCAAAAUUGGUCGUUCUGUUGCCCGCUCCCGCCCAUGCACUUCUAACUCUAUAUUUGACUGCAAGGUUUUAAGUCGUAAUCAUGCCUUACUAUGGUAUGAAGAUGGCAAGUUUUAUCUACAAGACACAAAGAGCAGCAACGGGACAUUUGUAAACAACCAGCGUCUCAGCAAAGGGUCAGAAGAGUCUCCACCAAAAGAAGUUUGCUCUGGUGACAUUGUUCAGUUUGGUGUGGAGGUUUUGGAAAACUCAAGAAAAGUGACUCACGGCUGCAUCAUCGCGACUCUGCGCCUGUACCUGCCGGGCGGAGAGGAGGCGAAGGCAAGCCCUAACGUGGGGGUGUCGAGCCUGACGUGCGAGACGGGCAUUGAAGUGCAGCAGCUGAGGACAGCGCAGGGGUUUGACUUCUUCAGCAGGCUGUCUACCGGGCGAACUGACGUGGCAAUCAUGCUGCUGCCGCUGCUGUGGCCUCCAUCUAGCGAGAUGCGAGGCUCAAUUAUGUCGAAUUAUGCUGUGCGAGCGUCGUCAGCCGAUGCUCCGCCGGCAACAUUGGCACCGUGCCCGUUUGGCUGUGUGCUCCAAGAAUUACCUUGCGUCACAGCUGACGACCACAUCGCUGCAGUGCUGCACGCGCUGCCUAACCAGCAGUGUGCCCGCAAUCCGCAGCCGGCGUUGUUACUUAAGGGGAAUGAGGCUGCCAGUCAUUCGUGGUCCGCCAUGAUAGGCGAAGAUCGUCUCCUGCAGAAGCUGGACAUGAUGGAGGCGCAGCUCAUGGCCUAUACGAAGAACUGGCCAGAAGACGAGCUGCGUGAAGAGAUAAGGCGGCUGCUGGAAGAGAAGUGUCAGUACGAGACUCACAUGAAGGAGAGUCUCGCAAGAAUGCUCAACCAUAAGUCGCUGGCUCUUGCCAAACUCGCCGACGCAGAGAGAUCGUUGGCAAACACAGAGGCGGAGGUGACUCAGCUGCGGGUUGUGGCUGAGAGCAGCCAGCAGCAAAUUAUUGAAUUGUUUGAGCAGCAGGCGCUGCACAUACAACAAAUUGCUCUUCUCAAACAGAAAGCAGAAGGGAAAGAACGUGAAGAACCACUCACCCAUGACGUGAACAGAAGCAGUGAAAACCAGUACACUAAGGACUGUGAGAAUGCAGCCAUAUCGAGCGAGAGAGAACGAGAACUUUUAUAUCAGAUUGAAAAUGCGACCGCUGAAAGUGAGUUGUUAAAACAACAACUGGAAAGCCUUCGGUCGUUGCAAGAACUACAAUCAGGGGAUAAUUCCAGGAAUGAGAUCAGCGAUGGACGUGACAACAUCGUGAACAUUGAGCUACGUAUGCUGGCAGCUCGCCUAAAGCAGUACCAAAUGGAACUGUCUUGCGGGCAACACAGGAUUCCUUCUUUGACCAGAGAACUUUCUGAGGCCGAGAAAACUGAAGAGUCACUGAACAUGGAGAAGACUCGUAUCCAGGAACGGCUUACUGAGGCUAUGAACAGAGCGGCAUCGCGGAAGGCCGUGUCAGAGAAUCUGAAGCGCAGUAUCGCCACCCUGCAGUCUGCUCUUGAGACCGCAACUCAAAGAGACAAGAACACCAGUAGUAACGUAAUUCUCGACGACACCAUCAGUAUAAACGGUGUUGACACUCAUAAUAUUGAGGACAACUAUAAGCAAGUGAACAAUGUCGAUGAAAAAAUCUCGAGUAAAUUGGAAAAACAUGUUGACUCUGAAGCGCUUCUUGAAAAGUCAGCCAUCAUCAUCGAGAAAGCCGACCCGUGCAACAAUGAGGUGUCCGCGAAGAAGAAAGACGAUGAGAAAGAGAAGGAAGCUCAUGACAAAAUCUGCGACGACAGCUCCACGGUUCACGAGGAAGACUCCGACACAAGCUUCAAUAAUGAUGAUGACUCGGAAUCUCUGUCAAUUGAGUCCACCCUUACUCUAAUGAAUACAUCUGUCACAAGUUUGAAUGACCAAAGAGAAGACAGAGCCAAAACUCCCUGCCUGUCCAGCCUUCAACGCCAUCUCUGCGAGCUUCAAGAGGAGCGGAUGAACAAGUGCCGGGAGGAGGUAACUGAGGACCGUGAGCUGACGGCGCUGAGGGAGCAGCUGCACACCGCCACCGCUGCUGCCGCCUCCGCUGCCCAGCGCACCCUCAAGAUCAGGGAAUCCCUCGUGGCUGCCGAGACGUACGCGCAGAGCCGCUCAGAAGUGGUGACAGAGCUGCAGCAGAGCACAGCUCGUCUCAGCGCUGUAGGCACCGUCAUCAAGAAGCAGCUCGAGCAGCUCAACGCUCAGCUUCUCGAGCAGCGCCAGCUUCUGUCCCAAGAAAGGAUGAACGGCCUCAACAUGCACGAACGGCUGGUAGAGGCAGAGGCCCUCGCCAAGAAAGGCUUGGAACAGACCGAAGCUUUAAACAAGCAGCUGGAGCUGAUGAAGUCACAGAGCGUACAAGCCUCUACGCAUUCUCUCAGCGCAGCACCAAUCAUUUCUCUAUCAGAGGCUCCUUCUUUGUCUACUGAACCAAUUACCUCUAAUGCGGAUGCUGCUAGUUCUGCCACGGAUGUUGAUAGCCUUAUAACGAUUUCCGGCACCACACCGGUGGAUGCCGAUAUCUCUGCUGCGGCUGCUGAUAUCUCGGCUACGGAUGUCGGCGUCUCUGUUACGGAUGUCGGUGUCUCUGUUACGGAUGCAGUUAUCCCUGCUAUGGAUGCCGGUAUCUCUGUUACGGAUUCUGAUAUUUCAGCAACGGACGCCGGCAUUCCUACUGCAAGUGCCGUCAUAUCUGAUACUGAUGCCAAUGUCAGUGCGAGAGAUGCCCUCAGCUCUGACGCGGACACUUCUGACAAUACGCCCGUAACUGGCGAGGAUAGUGAAGCAGUGGACGCUUACAAAACGCUCCUGCCGAGUCCUAUCGAUCCCCCUAUGGUGGGAAUUUUAGAAGUCAUUGGGGGCCAAGUGGCCACUGGCCCCUUAGUGGCCUCUGGCCCCUUAGUGGCCUCUGGCCCCUUAGUGGCCACUGGAUCUAAAGUGGCUGCGAGCCCCGCGACAUUGGCCGCUGAAGGCGAGCAGGAGUCUAUGCAGCGUCAGCUCCGUCAGAUACAAAUGGAGUGCGAGGAAUUACGGCGGCGACUCAGCGAGAACCAGGAAGAAUAUUACAUGCUUUCCAUACAGAACAAAACUGCGUUCGCCAUGAGCAUCGUGCCGCUAUUUGUUCUGCUGGUGGCAUUCGUAGCUGCCUUCCACGAGUACCUGGCGUAUAUCACCGGCACCAAAGAUUACUAGACCUCCUCUUGAUGUGCAAGAAAUCUCGGCAGGAAUGUCAACUUCUGCAGAAACUGCAGGGCGUGGAAAGUCUUUAGCGAAAACUGGAUGACUUGGAAAGUCUUUUGCAAGAACUGCAGGGCUUGGAAAGUCUUUUGCAAGAACUGCAGGGCUUUGAAAGUCUUUAGCGAAAACUGGAUGACUUGGAAAGUCUUUUGCAAGAACUGCAGGGCUUGGAAAGUUUUUAGCGAGACUGGAUGACUUGGAAGGUCUUUUGCAAGAACUGCAGGGCUUGGAAAGUUUUUAGCGAAGACUGGAUGACUUGGAAGGUCUUUUGCAAGAACUGCAGGGCUUGGAAAGUCUUUAG